AGCCAUUCUCUAUCCAAUAGUACACAAACCAAGCGCACCGGUCGCGUAGUCGCCUCGUCUGCGGCUUCGCCAUGGCAACCGCGAAGGCGAUGAAGCCGGCGCCGCCCGUGCGGGUCGGCACCGGCACGGCCGCCGCGGCCUCCCCGCGAAUAUCGUCUCCGUGCCGUCGUAGAGCCUCCGGGGCCAUCAGGGCUUCACCUGCGUCCACCUGCGCCGGGGGCGCUGGCGACCUCCCCGCCCCGCUCCUGCCUAACGCGCGGCGGCGGGGGCGCGACCCGCUCUGGCACGGCGGCGGGUUCAGCCUCGGCGUCGACCUCGGCGCCGCCCGCACUGGCCUCGCAGUCGGCAGGGGCAUCACCCUCCCCCGCCCUCUCACGGUUCUGAAGCUGCGCGGGCAGAAGCUGGAGCUGAUGCUGCUUGAAGUGGCUCGGCAGCAGGAGGCGGACGAGCUCAUCGUCGGGCUGCCCGUGUCGGCCGACGGGAGGGAGACGCCGCAGUCCAACAAGGUGCGGAGCGUCGCCGGGAGGCUCGCCGUCCAAGCGGCCGAGAGGGGCUUGAGGGUGUAUCUGCAGGAUGAACAUGGAACAUCGAUAGACGCCCUUGAUUACAUGAUCUACAGGGGUGUUAAGAAGUCUGCCCGUGAUGUCAAAUCUGAUGCAUAUGCUGCUGUUAUGAUUUUGGAGAGAUAUUUCUCAUCAUCAGGUCAAGAGACUAAGAUUGUUCUUCCUAGGCAACCAGAACUACAAGACAAGUUAAUAGCCCAGUCUAGCCGAGAUGCUGACAUUUAGGAAGGCAUGUCUUCUAGUACUUUCUCCAACUGUAGACAGCAUAUCACGUAUAAUUUAGAAGAACCAUUUUGUUGUCUCAGUGAGUUGGGUUUUGGUUCUACACUUUGAACAAUUUAUUGUAGCAGCUAACUUCAAUUGCUAUACCAUCUCAUCUGCUGUGCUAUAAUUGGUUAUUAUA